CAAGCAAACUCACAACCGGGACAGAGUUGUUGCAGAGUCUCGACAGAGUGUUAGGAAAAGGAAAUGGAGAUCACCCAGUGCCCGAAGCCUCACUUCGUGGUCAUCCCAUGGCCAGGCACCAGCCACAUAAUCCCCAUCGUCGACGUCGCCUGCCUCCUCGCCGCGCACGGCGCGCCGGUCACCGUCAUCACCAUGCCCGCCAGCGCGCAGCUCGUCCAGCGCCGCGUGGAACGCGCCAGGGAAGCCUCCUCGGCGGUCAUCACGGUCGCCGCGAUCCCGUUCCCGGCCGCGGAGGCCGGCCUCCCGGAUGGCUGCGAGAGGCUCGACCACGUCCCCUCGGUUGACCUCGUGCCGAGAUUCUUCGACGCCGCCAUGCUGUUCGGUGAGGCCGUGGCGCGGCACUGCCGCCUCAUGGCGCCGCGCCGGCCGAGCGCCAUCGUCGCCGGGAUAUGCAACACGUGGGCGCACGGCGUGGCGCGUGAACUCGGCGCGCCUUGUUUCGUCUUCCACGGGUUCGGUGCGUUCGGCUUGCUGUGCUCUGAGUACCUGCACACGCACAGGCCGCAAGAAGCGGUCGCGUCACUGGACGAGCGCUUCGAUCUUCCGGUCCUGCCACCUUUUGAGUGCAAGUUCACGCGGAGGCAGCUGCCGGUGCAGUUCCAGCCGUCCUCAAACGUCAAAGAGGACACUUUUCGAGAGUUCCGGGAGUUCGAGAUGGCCGUGGAUGGCAUCGUCGUCAACAGCUUCGAGGAGCUGGAACACGGCUCGGCCGCGCGCCUCGCGGAGGCCACGGGCAAGGUCGUGUUCGCCGUCGGCCCGGUCUCGCUUUGCGGCGCACCUGGCCUCCUCGACUCGCGGGCCGGCUCGGAUGAGGCCAGGCGGUGCAUGGCGUGGCUCGACGCCAAGAAAGCCAACUCCGUGCUCUACGUCAGCUUCGGCAGCAACGGGCGCAUGCCACCGGCGCAGCUGAUGCAGCUCGGGCUGGCACUCGUCUCCUGCCCAUGGCCUGUGCUCUGGGUCAUCAAGGGUGCGGACACGUUGCCCGACGACGUCAACAAGUGGCUACAGCACAACACCGACGCCGACGGCGUCUCAGGGAGCCAGUGCCUUGCGGUUCGCGGGUGGGCGCCGCAGGUGGCCAUCCUAGAGCACCAGGCCGUCGGCGGAUUUCUGACGCACUGCGGGUGGGGCUCGACGCUGGAGAGCGUGGCCGCGGGCGUGCCCAUGGCCACCUGGCCAUUCUACGCCGAGCAGUUUCUGAACGAGAAGCUGAUCGUUGACGUGCUGGGUACCGGCGUGUCCGUCGGCGCCACAAAGCCCACGAAAGGCCUGCUGAACAGAGUCCAAGGCGUUGAGGAGACGAAGCCGGAGGUGGGAACAGAGCAAGUGAAGAGGGCCCUGAACAAGCUGAUGGAUGGAGGAAUCGACGGGGAGGGUAGGAGGAGCAAGGCUCAGGAGCUGAAGGCCAAAGCAAAAGCUGCGUUGGAGAACGGGGGAUCAUCGUAUAUGAACAUGGAGAAGUUGAUCUACUUUGUAGCUUGAAUGUGGAUAAAGUUUGCGUUCGUAAAUCAGUCAAUUUCUGCAUGGGUGCCUAAUAAAUUUUGGAGUGUUCGACGAUUGGCUUCUUGCUUGAGCUGUGCAUUUCGUGUACAAGCUAAGAUCGGUAUCUCUGAUUAGGGCAUUAGAUCACAUUUACAUUUUGCGAUAGAGAUUUCUUGCUUCUCUCCCCUGCCAACAAACCAUGAAGCAGUUCCUUGAAAAGAGCCUGUUAGUGGGUCUAGUUAUCGGAAGAUGU